UCCAGUGGCGCGGCUCGGCGGGGGGGAGGUACCCGGCAUUCACCGGUGUUCGCGGGGGUCUUUUUUUCGGUUUGUCCCGGCAGCCGCUGGCCCUCAUGGAUGUUUCCAGCUUGAAGAAGAGACAGUGAGCCGGCGUUUUGUAACAGAAUGCUGCUAAGAAAAAGGCUAAAAUGGUGCCUUUGUAGCGGGGGUAUUGGCGCUUCCGGUGCCUUGUAGCUGGAGCUAAGCUAAUGCUAACGCGCCACCGUUGGAUUCCGUUGGAUUCCGUUGGUUUCCGUUGGUUUCCGUUGGUUUCUCAGGGCGUUUUUUUUUUUUGCUGGCGGUUUAUUAAAUAUUAUUUUAUUUAUUUAUUUUACACGUGGUGGAAACGGGCUCUGAAAUGAAGAGGGUGAACAUCUUUCAGAGGUUCAUGAACAGACGGGCCUCCGCUAACUGCCGCUACCAGCCCACCUGCUACGAGCACGCCGCCAACUGCUACACCCAUGCAUUCCUCAUCGCGCCGGCCGUCGUGGGCGUGGCGCUGCUGCACCGGCUGUCGGACAACGGCUGGGAGAAGAUCACCGCCUGGGUGUACGGCGUGGGGCUGUGCGCCCUCUUCCUGGUGUCCACCGUGUUCCACAUCAUCACCUGGAAGAGGAGCCACAUGAGGUCCAUGGAGCAGUGCUUCCACAUGUGUGACCGCGUGGUCAUCUACUUCUUCAUCGCCGCCUCCUACACGCCGUGGCUGAACCUGCGUGAGCUCGGCCCUCUGGCGGCUCACAUGCGCUGGUUCGUGUGGCUCAUGGCGGCGGCCGGCACCGUCUACGUCUUCAACUACCACGAGAAGUAUAAACUCGUUGAGCUGGCCUUCUACCUGAUGAUGGGUUUCUUCCCGGCGUCGGUCGUGACGUCAAUGAACAACACGGACGGCCUCCAGGAGCUGGCGUGCGGCGGCCUCCUCUACUGCCUCGGCGUGUUCUUCUUCAAGAGCGACGGCGUCAUCCCCUUCGCCCACGCCAUCUGGCACGUGUUCGUGGCGCUGGCCGCCGCCGUGCACUACUACGCCAUCUGGAAGUACCUGUACAGGGCCAGCGGCCCGGACGCCCUCCUCCAGUUGUGACCACGGGGCCGUGGGGGGGGGGGGGGGGGACACCGACUCCGACUCCCUCACAGCCGUGAAGUUUACGCAACUAAUGACCGUGAAGUGUUUACCGUUUUUUUUUCUUCCAACGAUCAAAAAGCUGUUUUGUACGACUUCAAACUGAACGGAGGACGUUUGACUUUGUACGAUGAACUUUGUCACUUUCCGUAUUCGAGGGGAUUUGAUAGCGAGUCCUUUGUAUCGUUUUGAAAGGGGUCACAUUCCUCUGGGGGGGGGGGGGUCAGAACCAUCUGAACACGAGUGGAGGAGGAGUUAGGUGCGAAGAAUCCAAUGUUUCCAGAAACGGGCAAAUCCAAAUUGUGACUUUGCUUUUGAUAAAUAAAUGAAUAAAAGAACCAAAGAUUUAGUUUACAAAACAACUUUGGAGACGAUUGGAGUAAAAAUGAGGAACGCCGGCAUCGAGGAGGCCGACGGGUUCUCCGGGUCCAGAGUUAUCCUCCUUUUCUUUUGGGAAUCUCUCUCCUCUGAUUCCAUCGUCAUCUGAUCCACUCGUGCUUUGUGACCUUUUCCUUUUUCCCUGUCCAAAUCGCAGUCCUGAGGCCUCCACCGCUCCUCCUCCUCGGUGUUUAGCGCCCCCUGCUGGUGGCCAACAGCGUUUCACGUGAGCUCAAUGAGCCAAACCGAUGAGAGAGAAUCGGUUUGUUGAACGCGAGGAGAAACUGUCGCGCUCCACGUCGUUAUUCACGUGAGCGACCUGGUCCCUGGUCCGGUGUCACGUCUCCACCGGUCCCCCACCGGGACCGACGGUUCGACUCUGGAUUCAGAAGCUCGUCUUUAGUGAACUUUAUGUCCCCGUGUUUGAUCUCCGAGCGGAGCGAGUGCACAUUUCUAACUUCUUCAUAACCACUGAGUGUUUUGGAAUGUUUAUAUCUUCUGUUCAUUUUCCUGGAGAAGAAACUUCUCCACUGGGCGUCAAUGGUGCUGCUGACCCAGACCCCCCCCCCCCCCAGUGCACCUUCUGAUGUCACAAUAAAAACAUGAAGACCCCAA